AUGGAUGAAAUAGGAGGAAUGUUGCAGGUGGAAGCUUUUAUGAGAAGAACAAGGAGUAGCGUGGAAGGUGGGAACCACCGGAAGCAUGCCUGGAGACGGAAUAUAGUGCCAUGGGGUGGUAUGCAGUGGAUAUCGAUGGUGUUGGGAUUUUGGGGCAAGUCGAGAGUAAUUGUUGGGACUGUUGUUGAAGCUGAUAGGAGACAGAGGAUGGAUCAGCUCAGCCACGAAAUCAAUCCGGAGGAGAGGAAGAUUAGCAACGGCUGCGCUACCCACACAGGGCAAUGGCAAGCCAUGGAAGGCUCUGUUUGA